GUUUGUUAAAUUUAAAGACCAUUUUUGAUGAUGAUUUAGCAAUUUUGUGACGUCUUAUCACGUAAUUUUUUUAGUAAAUCCUGUCAACGUGACUUUUUUUACUUUUAUACAUCCUCGUCGAUCGCGGUGGAAUGAAAUUAUCCGACAGUGCAUUUCUAAAGUAAAAACCAGACACUUUUACUGUGGCAUUGUUAUCUCAUCUUUGUCAAUAAAGUUGCGCACAUCAAAAUAACAGGAAGCGGAAGUGCAUCACUCAGCGCGCAUACGCAUCACGGCAGCAGCAAGCGUGAUCUGGACGUUCGGAGCAGCGGCGUGAGGACAGCGAUCGGUCAUCAUGGACUUCCAGCACAGAGCUGGAGGGAAGACGGGCAGCGGCGGCGUGGCCUCGUCGUCCGAAAGCAACCGAGACCGGCGCGAACGACUGCGACAGCUGGCCCUAGAGACCAUAGACAUCAACAAAGACCCGUACUUCAUGAAAAACCACUUGGGCUCCUAUGAGUGUAAACUGUGUCUCACGCUGCACAACAAUGAGGGAAGCUACCUCGCUCACACGCAGGGCAAGAAGCAUCAGACUAACCUAGCAAGACGAGCUGCGAAAGAGGCGAAGGAAGCGCCGGCUCAACCGGCUCCAGAGAAGGUCAAGGUUGAGGUGAAGAAGUUCGUCAAGAUCGGCAGACCGGGUUAUAAAGUAACGAAACAAAGAGACCCAGAGUGUGGACAGCAGAGUCUGCUCUUCCAGAUUGAUUACCCAGAGAUAGCAGAAGGUAUCGGGCCGAGGCACCGCUUCAUGUCGGCGUAUGAGCAGAGGAUCGAGCCUCCGGACCGUCGCUGGCAGUAUCUGCUGUUCGCGGCCGAGCCGUACGAAACCAUCGCCUUCAAGGUUCCCAGUCGCGAGAUCGAUAAGGGAGAGACUCGUUUCUGGACGCACUGGAACAGGGAAACGAAACAAUUCUUUCUGCAGUUUCACUUUAAGAUGGAGAAAUCCCUGGCCGCUCCUCCGGGUCAGGCGCCGUCGCUCGGGGUGAAGCGUCCUCCUUCGCUCAUCACUGGACUCGGUAUGCAUCCGCACAGUGACUCCAUGCCGCCCCCCCCGGGAGGAAUACAUGGGAUGCCCCCCGGAGCCCACAUGCCGCCACAGAUGCCUCCUCCAGGAGCCCUGCCUCCUCACAUGAGGCCCCCGCUCCCCCGCGACCUCUGAGCUACGCUUCACUUGAAGGUUUUAUAGAUGAUGCAUUAAUAAAAGUAUUUAAUGCAUCCACCUUAUAAUGCAUGCAUAUGACCUCAUGAAUAAUUGCAACCACAGUUAUAACACUUUUCUAUUAAUUGUUACGACUUUAGAAAGUGUAAUGCAAUAAAACACAAACAAACCUUCAAAUAUUGUAAUGCAUUUGAACUUCGGUUGCAGUUGUUUAUGAAAAAUAUAAUGCAUUGCAACGUGCAUUAUGAAUAUUUUUUUAAUGCAUUAUAUGAAAAGGCUUCAAGUGUUAACAAUUGAUUUUUUUAGACAUAUAUGGACAUGUUUGUUUAGUUUUAAUAUGCACAACUCUCUAAAUGUGUAGUGAUUUGACAGUUCUGUGAAUGUUUAGAGAAUUGAGCGCUAGCAAACAAUGCCCAGAUGUUAUUUUUAUGCUUUUUUUAAUUAUUAAAACCAUCUUUGAAGUUGACAUGAAA